AUGGCAGAGGAGAAUGGAGGAAAAGGGCAGAGUAGAGAUGAGUACAGCGGGAUGACGGCAGAAGAGAAGAGCGAGUAUUUAGAAGGUAAGCUGGAUGUAGUGAAGAGAGCCUGCAUGGAAAAGGAGAGAAUAUGGAGGAAAGAGAAUGAGAGCAUAAGAGAGGAGAGGAUAAGAACAGGGGAGAGAGAAGAUGCCAUGAAAAAGGAGAUAGCUCGGUUGCGAGAGGAGCUGAGAGAAGAAAAGGCAGAGAAUAAGAUGAACAAGCGGAUGAAAGGAGAGAGAUACUCGCUAGAAGCUAGGCCAACUCUUAGCCAAGAGGCUGCUAAAGAAAAUAGUAGUAUCAGCCAAAUGAUCGCUAGUAAAAUUGGUGCAGAAAAAAACGAAUCCUCUCUCUCACAGCUGGGCAGAUCUGCUCUUUCUUUGCACACGUCUAGCAAUGACGGGGCAUCUGCUCUUCCAAUCGAGUGGAUUCUCUCGCAUUUCAAGGGAGAAAUAGUAUUUGGUCUCACGGGUUUGUCUCCUGGGAAGCUGAAAGUCUUUGGAAGAUUUUUCAAGAGAGAGUUCGACUCUUUGUACAACAAAAGGGAAGUUCUCAUGGGAAUUGAGGCAGUUGGGAAGAACACAAAACAUCUCAUAAAGUGCCUUCUUUAUCUGUCUGAUAGGCCUGAGGUAAUAUCGCACCUGCUUCCGUAUGUGUUUAUGAAGCACAUUGUGCCAGAUGGGAGGCUGUACAUCAAAGAAAUUGUUCACAUUUUGUACAAGGUUGGAAUAACGUCUUUCCUUUUUAGCGCAGACACAAUUGAAGACGUAAAAACCUUUUUCAACGAGUGCAAGGAGUCGAAGGAGCUUCUUUUCCUUGUAGAGUCGCUUGCCAAGCGCAGCCCCAGGGGAAUAUCUCGGCUUAUUUCUGAGGAGUACAUGGUAAGCAUAUCAAAAACACACAAAGAAACAGCAGCACGGAUAAUUCGGCUGCUGAGCGGGUGCGGGGCAUACUCUGGGCCAUCAGAGGCUUUUAUCGCUCUGCACGAGCCGCCUGGUGCAUCGCCGUACGAAUCACCAAAUGGCGAGCUUUCAUUCUUUCUCUAG